AUGCUUCGAGCAACUGAACAAGCACAACAUGAAAUUAAACCCGGCGAAGUGCAGAUUCGCUGUCACUUCAACAGAGGCAUAGAAGCAAACCCCAAGCAGAUCAAGGCAUUGAUUGAGAUGUCCUCUCCAAAGACGAAGCGCGAAGUGCAAAGGCUCACAGGAAGAGUCGCCGCGCUAGACAGGUUCAUUUCCCGCUCCACAGACAAGUGCCUGCCCUUCUACGACACCCUUCGAGGAAACAAGAAAUUUGAGUGGGACGAGCGAUGCGAAGCAGCUUUCCAGGAGUUGAAAAAUUAUCUGGCGAGCCCACCAAUCUUAGCAAAACCAGUCGAAGGAGAGCCGCUCUUCCUCUACAUCGCAGUAUCUCCCACAGCUGUAAGCGGAGUGCUCAUCAGAGAAGAGCGAUCCGAGCAAAAGCCCAUUUUCUACAUCAGCCAGACAUUGACCGACGCCGAAACUCGCUACCCCCAGAUCGAGAAGGUCGCCCUAGCCGUCGUAGUCUCGGCUCGCAAACUGCGCCCGUACUUUCAAUCACAUUCGAUUGUUGUGCUCGCUACGCUUCCUCUACGCUCGAUCCUACACAGCCCUAGCCAAUCCGGUCGGCUCGCCAAGUGGGCGAUAGAACUAAGCGAAUACGACAUCGAGUAUCAGAACAGGUCGUCUGCAAAAUCACAGGUGCUCGCAGAUUUCCUCAUUGAACUUCCUGCCGAAGCAAUAAACGAGCCGACUCUAGAUGAAGUGUGGGUGCUGCACGUCAACAGCUCGUCGUCUAAACAUGGCUCGGGAAUAGGAAUCCGCCUCACCUCUCCCAACGGAGAAAUACUGGAGCAGUCUUUUCGCCUGAACUUCCACGCCUCGAACAACGAAGCGGAAUACGAAGCACUGAUCGCCGGCAUACGGUUAGCACAGGGAAUCGGAGUUCGAAAGAUAAGAACCUUUUGCGAUUCACAGCUCGUAGCAUGUCAGUUCAACGGAGAAUACGAGGCGAAGGAUGGACGUAUGGGAGCUUACCUCAAAGUGGUCCGAGAGUUGGUGCAAAAGUUUGAUGAAUUCGAACUCACGCGCAUUCCCCAAGGAGAAAACACCUCGGCCGAUGCCUUGGCAGCACUCGUUUCGACCUCGGACCCAGACCUCCGACGAACGAUCCCAGUUGAAUUCAUCGAACGCCCUAGCAUCGAAGAGGUGGAAGGAGUUCGGCUGAUAAAUCCUCCCGAACAAGAACCAGAGGACGACGAAGCCUUUCCUAUGCACGAAGACACUUCACCGGCCGAGCCGGAAUACGGCUGCGACAAAGAAUGGCUCGGAGCUAUCCGAAUGUACAUCGCCGAUGGAGAGGUGCCAACUGACAAAUGGGAAGCCCGCAAACUAAAAGCUCAGGCCGCACGUUACGUCCUCGUCGAUGGCGAGGUGUUUAAAUGGAGAUUCUCAGGGCCUCUCAUGACAUGCGUCGAAGGACCAAAGGCAAGAAAGAUCAUGCACGAGGUGCACAGCGGCGCGUGCGGGAACCACUCCAAUGGAAGGUCUCUCGCUAUCAAGAUAAAACGGCACGGCUACUUCUGGCCCACGAUGAUCAAGGACUGCGAGAAAUUUACGGCUAAGUGCGAGAAGUUCACGGACAACGGAUCCCAGUUCAUCUCAACACGUUUCGAAGCCUUCUGCGAGAAGUGGAAAAUCCGCCUCAGCAAAUCCACGCCAAGAUACCCCAAAGGGAACGGACAAGCUGAAGCAGCCAACAAAACAAUACUCGACGGUCUGAAAAAGAGGCUCGACGCCAAGAAUGGGCGAUGGGCGGACGAACUCGAAGGAGUCCUUUGGUCUCAUCGGACAACUCCGCGCCGAGCCACCGGGGAAACUCCAUUCGCUCUGGUCUACGGAUCGGAGUGCGUAAUUCCCCCCGAGGUGGAUUUCCCAGGGGAGCUCGUCCUCCGAAAGGUCUUCCAAAACACAGCCGAGAAGAACGCAGGAAAGCUCGGAGCAAAUUGGGAAGGUCCUUACAAAGUCACAAAAGUGGUUCGUCCAGGAGUCUACAAACUCGUGACACUAGCUGACGAAGCGAUUCCAAGAUCAUGGAACGCAAUGCAUCUAAAGAAGUAUUAUCACUAA